GGCAAGCUUGGAGGCUGCCCAGUCUGUGGAGGCCGCUAUGGCUACCGCUCCCUGGGCCGAGAUCCGCGAGAAAUUCCAGGCUGCCCUGGCCCUGUCGCGGGUGGAAUUACAUAAAAACCCGGAGAAGGAGCCGUACAAGUCCAAAUACACCGCCCGGGCGCUGCUGGAGGAGGUCAAGGCGCUGCUCGGCCCCGCGCCGGAGGAUGAGGACGAGAGGCCUUCGGCCGACGAGGGCUUGGGCGCGGGGGACCACGCCCUGGGGCCGCCCACCGAGGCCGUGGAGCCCGAGGGGCCCGCCGCUCAGCGGGCCGUGCGGCUGGCGGUUCUCGAGUUCCACCUCGGGGUGAACCACAUCGACACGGAGGAGCUGUCGGCCGGGGAGGAGCACCUGGUGAAGAGCCUGAGGCUGCUGAGCCGGUACCGGCUCUCGCACAGCUGCGUCUCGCUCUACGUGCAGGCGCAGAAUAACCUGGGCAUCUUAUGGUCUGAAAGGGAAGAAAUUGAAACUGCACGGGCUUACCUAGAAUCGGCAGAAGCUCUGUAUAAUCAAUAUAUGAAAGAGAUUGGGAGUCCUCCUUUUGAUCCGACAGAACACUUUCUUCCUGAAGAAGAGAGGCUCACUGAACAGGAGAGAUCAAAAAGAUUUGAGAAGGUUUAUACUCAUAACCUGUAUUACCUGGCUCAAGUCUACCAGCAUAUGGAAAUGUUUGAGAAGGCUGCUCACUAUUGCCACAGCACACUGAAGCGACAGCUUGAGCACAAUGCCUAUCAUCCUAUGGAGUGGGCUAUUAAUGCUGCUACCUUGUCACAGUUUUAUAUCAAUAAGGACAACAUAGGCGAGCUGGAUUUUGACAAACAAUCUGAACUUCGUGCUUUAAGGAAAAAGGAACUAGAUGAGGAAGAGAGCAUCAGGAAGAAAGCUGUGCAGUUUGGAACAGGGGAGCUGUGUGAUGCCAUCUCAGCAGUGGAGGAGAAAGUGAGAUAUUUGAGACCUUUAGACUUUGAAGAAGCCAGAGAACUUUUCUUACUCGGUCAGCACUAUGUCUCUGAGGCAAAAGAGUUCUUCCAAAUUGAUGGGUAUGUCACUGACCAUAUUGAAGUUGUCCAAGACCACAGCGCUCUGUUCAAGGUCCUGGCCUUCUUUGAAACUGACAUGGAGAGACGGUGCAAGAUGCAUAAACGCAGAAUAGCUAUGUUAGAGCCCCUCACGGUGGACCUGAAUCCACAGUAUUACCUAUUGAUCAACAGGCAGAUUCAGUUUGAGAUUGCACAUGCUUAUUAUGAUAUGAUGGAUUUGAAGGUUGCCAUUGCUGACAAGCUGAGGGAUCCUGAUUCACACAUUGUAAAAAAAAUAAAUAACCUUAAUAAGUCAGCGCUGAAGUACUACCAGCUCUUCUUAGACUCCCUGAGGGACCCAAAUAAAGUAUUUCCUGAGCAUCUAGGGGAGGAUGUUCUUCGCCCCGCCAUGCUCGCUAAGUUCCGCGUUGCUCGUCUCUAUGGCAAAAUCAUCACUGCUGAUCCCAAGAAAGAGCUAGAGAAUUUGGCAACAUCAUUGGAGCAUUACAAAUUUAUUGUCGAUUACUGUGAAAAGCACCCUGAGGCGGCCCAGGAAAUCGAAGUUGAGCUGGAACUUAGUAAAGAGAUGGUCAGUCUUCUCCCAACAAAAAUGGAGAGAUUCAGAACCAAGAUGGCCCUGACUUAAUUUUUUUUUUUAAGAUAGAAAAUAUGCUCUACUGAUGACUUAUUUUCCCCCUGUAUUCAGGCAGACCCAAUUCCAUUGUGACACUUCCCCUCAGGGCCAGAUGAGUACAGUGUAAUGUGGGGUACAGCCAGACCACCUCAGCAAUAGAAAGUUAAUAAUUUAUACGUGAUUAUGUAAAUUGUCUUGUUCAAGUGACAUGUGAUUUGCACUUUAUAUUGCUUGUUUCCUAUUUAAAUAGAAGCAUUCCCUGUGCUAGGCAUGGUAUUGCAUGCCUGUAAUCUCGGAUCUUGGGGGGGCAGAGGCAGGGAGAUCUAGAGUUUGAGACCAGCCUGGCUAUAUAGUGAGUUCAAAGCCAACCUGAGCUACAUAUUGAGAUCUGUCUCAAACAG